CGCUCCAAGCAUUAAAGAAGACUGAGUAAAUAUGAGUAUUUAAAAAUGGGCUUUCUCCGCUGAACAUGUCUUCAUCCCUCGAGACGUCGAGUUGAAUAGUUGAACAACAUGGCCGAACAGGGGCUGCUGUUUAUAGAUAUUGAACCGAAGUCGAGCGGCUCCGCUCCGACUGAGAGACCCCUCUGGACUCGCAGCGACAAUCCCUUCAAGUUCAACUUCCUCCCUGACAACGCUCCAGCACUUCAGGAGAACCCCUCACCAGACAGGGCAGAGCCAGCACCGAGCCAGGUAUCCUUCACCGGAGGGGGCUCUGCUUUUGCCUUUGACUUCCAAAUCCCUGCUGUUACACCCGUACAAGACAUGGAGACAGAAGAGACCCCAGACGCAGGUUCUGCGGGAAGCCAGGGUGGCAUCCAGGAGGGAAAGCCUUCCUCGCUGCAGGAGGUUAACUCUCAAUCUGAGCUGCAAGCCAAAGCAAAGAAGAAGAAGAAGAAAUCUGGAAAGAAAAAAGUCUUAGAAAGCACAGAGGCACAACAGAAGCCAGCUGAAGGGAGUCAAGGAGCUGAAGACACAGAGCUGAGUGCAGAGGAGCAGCUGAACAGACAGCUGGACUGGUGCAUCGAGCAGCUGGAGCAGGGAAUGAGAUCCCCAAAAGGAACACCGAAACAGAAGGAGGAGGCCUCUCAUGCCCUGAAGACUCUGCGUAGCUCCAAAGCUCCCCUGGCCAAGAAGAGGCAGGUGAUGAGAGCCAUGACUGGAGAGUACAGGAAAAAAAUGGAUGAGGAGAAGAACAAGCAGUUCAAACUCAUUCAGAGUGAAAUUGCAUCAGCUCAGGUCAAAGUUGUGGCAGAUUCACCGAAGACGUCUGUUUUCCGCCAGAGGGCUAAAGACAAAACACAGACCCCCACCACAGAGGACGGCCCGCAGCCAACUGAAGCCCAGGACACAGACCGGACAGCACAGGCUCAGGAGGAGACGGCAGCUUUUGUCUUCACUCCCUCAAAGGAAGAGUUUCGCUUUGAUUUUCUUUGAUUUUUUUUUUUUAACCCUGAAGACGAACUUUUCACAACGUGUAAGCAGACUGUGACUGAACAGUCUGAUCGGAGCUGGACAUUCUUUGUGAAAGAAAAAUAUGGAGAUACUGGCAGAAAACUAAAUAUUACAAUCACAAAGUUAUUAAAAAAAAUCUCAUUGCUGCUCUGGUCUAAAUAAAUAAAUUUGUAUUUUUGUUUGCAUUGUUUUUAUUUAUCAGGAAUGUUUGAAGUUAUAACAAACUAUAUGUUAGACACAGUUCAUGAUAGUGUAACCUAAGGCUUGAUUCCUUAUUAAGCAAAUAUCAGCCAAUGCUUUCCUUGACAGAAAAAUGAGGAAAAAAAAAUGUAAAUAGUGUCGCUCCAUUAUGCAUCCUUUUGGUUUGUGACUCUCAAAAUAAAGUUAUGUGUACUUGA